UGGGAGAAGGAGCUGGUUCUCUUUCUCGAUGUGAGGCUGGCUUGUUUCUUGUCUGAGCUGGGUGAUUACUUAUUUUGGGAGAAAGAGGUGGUAUUCUCUGUCUCGCCCAUGGAGAAUAUGAGGUUCGCAGGAAAUGCUGGACAUAGGAAUGACUGUAAUCCUGCGGAAUGGCAUGGAAGCGCUGGUGCGACAGCAGGUUCAGGAGGGGGAGGGGGAGAGGGAGCGGGAGGUGUGGAUGAGGAGAACCGUCUUCCACUUUUAACAGGAAGAGAUGGAGAUGGUGAUGAGCAGGGAUUUGGAUUUGAUACAGGGAGUAGACACAGGGUGUGGGAGGGAGGCGCGAGGAUGGAGGACGAGGUAGUCGAAGAGAACGGGGAAGGGGAGAGCGAAGAAGAAAGUGUGUCCACGGAUGGGGAUAUAGAUGAAGAACCGCCGCCUUACAGGCUAAUAUCGGAAGAAGCGCGGCGGGAGAUUCUCCGUGGCAGUUUGUCAAUGGUGGGGAACGAUCUUGCGCAAAUACCCUUUGGGGAAGGAAUGAUGCAAAGAAUGGAAGAGGAGAGAAUCAAGGUUGGACUUGAUAGAGACGGCAAACCUCGUGCACCAUUGCUCUCUGUAGUUAUUCAGGCUCCUGACGGUGCACUCUUCAUAGGCAAAGAAACACCUUUGCCAUUCUCCAAGAUUUCAACGACAACUGUAGGGCCUUGCUCUACCAAGCAGCCAUCACAGCUUUUGCAGCAGGACAGCUGGCAACAACACAAUGGGUCGUUGAGGUCUGACGAGUUCUCUGCGGACAUGUCACAAUUGGAAGAUGGAACGUGCUUCGAUGAAUUUAGCGAGUUCGCGCCAGCAUCACUUGGCCGGGCGCCUGGUCUGUCAGCCACUCACAUCAUCAUGCCGAUGAGAAUGGAUGCGGGGAUGGAGGAUGAAAGCACGGCAACAUUUUCGCACCGAUACCAGUCUGUCGUUACAACGGAGUUUGAGGGGCGGGCCAACCCGUUUGAAUCUGAUGCCUAUCUCCGGCGGAAAAGGAGUUUUAUGUGCCUUCUUGUCAUCGAUGCGGUUUUGUAUAUGCUCGUUUUCCUAGUGAAUGUUAUUCAUGAGCAGUAUGCGAGAUCUGCGCCAGAGAAAAAGGGAGAUGACUAUCCCCCACAUCUCUUCUACAUGCACAUGCCGGCUGCCACUGCUGACCUGUUGUUGUCACUAUUUCUCGACGCGUUUGGACUCUGCGGAGCUAUCCAAGACAGCGGAAGCAUUUUGUCAUUGUACAUUGGAGUCGAGUCUGUUGUGACAAUUAUUCUCGCAUUGAGGGGGAUAAAACCUUACUUGGUCUUCAGAGUCAUCAUCAUCCUGCUUGGGAUUCAACUGCGGACGUAUAUAUUGCAAGUGAAAAAUCGCAGGGAUGAAGGACAUGGUGCAGAAAUGAAUACGGGUCCAAUGCCCCGUCACCAGGCUGCCGUCUCCUUCCUUGUGUCGUCAAUGCGCCGCUUUCGGCAGACUGUGCUACGCAAUGGACGGAGAACAAGGGAUCCGGAUGCUUUCACACCCGUUGAACGGCGUCUUCCCCCUCAUCCCCCACCAGCUUCAGCUCCGGAUGAAGGUUCUUCUUUCAUGGUUGGCAUAUCUGGUCCAGAACAGAGGGCAGCGCAGGUUUCCUCUUUUCCGGAACGUGGGGCUGUGAUUGACCGUGGACACACUGAGUUUAUUAUUGAAGAUGCCCGGGAAGGACAUGUUGGUUCCCGCACAAAUGGCGUCUCUCAUCCGUUUUGGCGACAGGUACUUCAUCAUACUGCAAGACACGCCGAGCUCCCAUCGUAUGCAGGCUAUGGAAAUGAGAGUAGUUCUCAUGAUGUUCGAAGUGAGAGCUCAGUGGGCACCAUUGGUUCUGGCACGAACCACCUCUCCCACCCAUUCUUGCCACAGGUGCUCCAUCAUGCCCCAAGGCAUGCAGAGCACCCAUCCUAUGCAGAGGUUGGAUAUGAGGGGAGUUCUUUAGGUGUUGGGAGCGAGAGCCCAGUGCGCACAUUGGUAGAUCAUUCAACACACAGAGACAGUGACGUAGAUGACGAGCGAGAGCGCAGUGUGGCGAGCAGCAUCUUAGCUGAUCAAGCCUGGGCCUACCAACGAUCGUCCAUUUCAGAAGGCCAAGCGUGCCGUUCCCGAAGACAGACCACAGAAACUAGUGCUCCCCAUGUGCAUGUACUGCUCUCGGGACCUGAAGGGAAUGUUCUCCGGGAAGGGAACAGCCAGCAGGUCUUGUGGGCAGAAGGUGUAACCGCCGGUGAUGGCUUACGAGAUCGGGCACAAGAUAGAGUGCCAAUUAGGGCACACGGGGAGCUCGCGGGUCCGCAUGGAUGGCCUCAUAACGGGGCAGCCGCGUCAUAUGGUGUGUUGUGUUCACACCAGCCGGGUAUCGAAAGAGUAUCGGGAAGGGACGAGGACUCAACGAUUGUUGAGCUGUUUGUAGAUUCUCGACGCUAUCAGGAUAACGUCGUUUUGACGGGAGCCAACCGGCUGCCAUGAGGGGUACAGCUGACAGACUUCAGCAUUCUGUGGUCAGAGUUGACCCUUUCUGGUCGACAUCAACGUUUUCUAGUCAUCAGGCAGCUGUGAAGAUGUAGUCUAGUAGAAUGAAGGGGCUCUUCUGUUGGGCGGCAUCCCUUCUUCUUCUGUUCUGCAGUUGCGGAGGUGGUUGCCGUGCACCCAUCCACCAUGCAUGUAGUUUGCUGGAGCUUCUAUGGCUAGAAGCUCGGUACGACAAACGAUAACCAGAGUUAAAAUGGGAGGUGAGGUGGAGUGUGUGCUUUGCGACAGAGGUGAGGUCCAUUCUCUUCAUCUGCUGUCAUGGUAUUGCGAAUGUUGCUUUCUCUCAUUCGGAUGAUCCAGAACCACUGUUUCGUGGAGGUGGUCUUGUGAGGCACGCGCAUGGCAACAGUUUGAAAGUAGUAGAAACAAAUAGGAAGGAAGGAAAUGCAGGGGUGCUUGCUUUCACAUGUGCAAGUAUGCCCUCAUAGCAAACUAUCACCUGAGUGAAGCUGGGAGUCAGACGGAGUGUGCUUGUUUGCCGAGGUGAGGGUGCAUUGGCUUCAUCUACUGCGAUGAUGUUGAGAUGCUUGAUGUGAAGGUGGCACAACUUAACAAACGGCUUGAAACUUA